CUACCGCGGUCGGCCGGGUCCAUGGGGCCUCAAGGCGACGGCGGGGCACGGCCAGGCGCGGCGGGGCCGCGGUGCUCCGGGGGCCUCCGCGGCGCCGUCGCCGUGUUCGCCGCUGUGGCCGCGGUGUUCACCGUCACCCUGCCCCCGUCGGUGCCGGGGGGAGACUCGGGGGAACUGAUCACAGCGGCACAUGAGCUUGGAGUUGCCCAUCCUCCUGGCUACCCUUUGUUCAUGCUGGUGGCUAAGCUGGCAAUGACACUGUUGCCUUUUGGGACAGUCGCCUACCGGGUCAAUCUCCUCUGUGGCUUAUUUGGAGCAGUGGCUGCAGCAUUACUGUUUUUCACUGUUUUCAGGCUUUCUGGCUCACGCGCCGGAGGAAUCCUUGCUGCGGGGGUGUUUUCAUUUUCUCGUCUAACAUGGCAGUGGUCCAUUGCAGCAGAAGUUUUUAGCUUAAAUAAUCUGUUUGUGGGGCUGCUUAUGGCUCUUACUGUACAUUUUGAGGAGGCAGAAACUGCAAAGGAAAGAUCAAAGAUAGCUAAAAUUGGUGCUUUCUGCUGUGGCCUUAGUUUAUGUAAUCAGCACACAAUAGUAAUCUAUGUUCUAUGCAUAAUACCUUGGAUUCUCAUUCGACUUUUAAAAGAGAAGGAGCUGUCCCUGGGAUCCGUGGUAAAGCUGGGCCUGGCCUUCUCAGCUGGCUUGCUGCCGUACCUCUACCUCCCUGUCUCGUCCUACCUCAACGAGGCCCGCUGGACCUGGGGAGACCAGACCACUCUGCGAGGCUUUCUGACACACUUGCUCAGGGAAGAGUAUGGAACAUUCAGCCUAGCCAAAUCUGAAACAGGAUCCAGUAUGUCUAAAAUACUGCUUUCUCAAGUAACAAGUAUGAGGAUGGAACUCUCACUCAACAUUCAAGCUCUUGCAGUGUGGGCAAAUAUAUGUUCAGCAAGAAAGAACAGACAGAAUUCGCCAUUAGUUUGGCUUUUUACUGGAAUGUUUUACAUUUACUCAUUGUUCUUUGCCUGGAGGGCAAAUUUAGAUAUUUCUAAACCACUUUUCAUGGGUGUGGUGGAACGGUUCUGGAUGCAGAGCAAUGCAGUGGUAGCCGUCCUCGCUGGCCUUGGCUUGGCCACACUUGCAUCCCAGACGAGUCGAGCUCUAAACAGCGGUGGGCUUCAGCGUCUGGAAUGGCUCUCAGCAGCUCUGUUUGUGGUUUACCAAAUGUAUUCUAAUUAUAGCAUUUGUGACCAAAGGAGCAACAAUGUGAUCGAUAUGUUUGCAAAGAACCUUCUAGACUCUAUGCCCCAUGAUGCAAUCAUCUUACUCAGAGGCGAUUUGCCGGGGAAUGCUCUCCGUUACAUGCACUACUGCGAGGGCUUAAGGCCAGAUAUUUCAUUAGUGGAUCAGGAGAUGAUGACUUAUGAGUGGUAUUUACCCAAGAUGGCAAAACAUUUGCCAGGUGUCCACUUUCCUGGGGACCGGUGGAAUCCUGUGGAAGGAGUAUUACCUACUGGAAUGGUCACAUUUAAUCUUUAUCGUUUUCUUGAAAUAAAUAAACAGAAGGACACAUUUGUUUGCAUAGGGAUUCAUGAAGGUGACCCAACCUGGAGGAAGACGUACUCACUGUGGCCUUGGGGGUCCUGUGACAAGUUAGUUCCCCUGGAGAUUGCAUUCAACCCCGAGGAGUGGGUUAAACGCACAAAAAAUAUCUAUAACUGGACUGAAGAAUACGGGAGGUUUGACCCAUCUUCCUGGGAGUCUGUGGCCAAUGAGGAGAUGUGGCAGGCAAGGAUGAAGACACCGUUUUUUAUCUUCAACCUGGCAGAAACUGUGAAUGUGCCUUCAGAUGUGAAAGCUCAGCUCUACGCUCAUGCAUAUAACCUUUAUAAGGAGAUUGUCUAUUUACAAAAGGAACACCCAGUGAAUUGGCACAAAAACUAUGCCAUCGCCUGUGAGAGGAUGCUGCACUUUCAGGAGAGAGAUGCAGAUGCCGAAGUCCUGUUGUCUGAAACCAUCAGACAUUUUCAUCUCUACACUCAGAAAGCACAGAAUGAUCCACAGCUCGCUGAUAUUUUAGCUGCUCUCAAGGACCUGAGAAAAAAACUGCAAAGUCUGAGAAAUAUUAAAAAUGUCAGAGACAGCAAAAUGUGAAAAACCUGCUUUCAUUCAGCUUCCAAAAUCCUGAAGUCCAAAAGUUUUUCUUCCAAGAAAAGAAACUGCAAACUAAGUUAUUACCCAGAUAUAAGUAUCCUGGUACAGCAGUACUGCCUAAUCAAUGUUUGUAUUUAUGCAAAAUUCUGUUUACCGCUUGUUACCAUAUUAGUAUUUCCAUGAGAGGCUUUAGAAAAGACAUCUUCCUACUGCCACAGUCUUUCAUCAGAUGACUCUGCUUGAUUAAACUCUAGAAGAGAAUGCGCUAUUUUCAUUUAUUUAAAAUAUUGACCAUGAACCUUUUAAGGACCAUGCUUAUUGGUAUCAAUUAUAUAGGUUAAAUUCUUAAAAUUUUCAUACCAAAGACAUUUUGUUUCCUGAAAGUAAAAUAGUUUUUUUAAAAUGAAUAAUGUUAUGCUUCAUGUUUAAAAUUCCUUUUUUGAAAAAAAGGAACUGUCGUUGUUGUGUAUGUCACACUGCAAGCUACACACCAAGCAGGUAAUAUUGUGGAAAAGUUUGAGUUGUAUUGUCUCAGAUGGUUCUCUGCAUUCACUAAAAGAAAAGCUAAUUUGGUGCCUAAACUGGCGAGUGAAAAGCAUUUCAUAUUUACUUAAUUAAUUUUAUAUUUUAUUUCUAUUUGGACUCACAAAUCUAGACCCAACAAUUAGUAGGUUCCUGCUGCCCAAAUGCAGAAGAAGUGCAUGAGGACAGGAGGGGUGUUCAAUAAAUUCAUUUCUGUUACAAGCAUCUUUUAUACCUAUUACUAAAGAGAACCUAGGAAGAAAUGCAAAUAAUCGUUCUUUAUUUAUUAUGACAGUUAAUUAAUAGCAACCUGUUUUAAUGAAUAAAGUCACUCAGAGUCCUUCAGUACUUCCUAAGUAGAGGCCUGAAUCUGUAGGGAUUCUUUCCCCCCAAUUGUGUGGCUCCUAGACUGCAGGCACUAUAUAGGCCCCUGUAUAGAAAUGCUCACUAAUGAAGAGGGAGGGCUAGAAGCUUGUCUGCAUUCAAAGAUCACUGGUGAGUCAUUCAGCAAGAAAAGGCCCCUUACCAGGAAUAGUCACAGUUCCGUGGCAUUGUACUAGCAAAAGGGUCUGAUCAAAGGUCUCCUGCAGAGCUUGCAUGGUUCCCUUUCAUACUACGACCAUAAUUAAAACCACUAAUUCUCUUUUAAAAUGCUGCAGGAUGCCAUGUAGGCAUCUGUCUGGAGUGUCCUUUGUGAUGUCAUAAGCUGUUAAGGACCAGUGCCGAGGGCUUUUGAGCGAAAUGCCAGUCAUGAAGGUGCUUCAAGACAAGGGCGCCCCUAAAAGCUUGACAGGCCUUGACUGCACAAUUCGAGCUGAAUUUGCCCCUUGUCAGCUGCCAGUAAAUAAAUCUCAAAGAGGGAAAAGCUGAAGUUUCAUUACCUGAUCCAUGGGGCUUUGUUGGUUUUGGCAUCACACAGGGGAAGCUCUUGCCCCUCCAUCCUCUGCAUUUGAAGAUGUCCAUUGGAGCCUGCAGCGCCUGGACAGGGUUCAGAGCGGAACCUUUUGAAGAGUGUCAAUAGUUGUAACAGUUCAGCUGUUAGGAAGACAAAUAAAUGGAGGAGCUCAUUAAUCCGCUUUUGGCUCUCAGUGCCUUUUGCCCUUUUAUCACAGCCUUAUUAGGCUCCUACUCAUCUUGAACCAGAAAAAAUGAAUUGAAGUUGUUGAGUACUAAUUGGCAAAGACUUUUAAUCAUGGGCCAAGAACUUUCACUGACUUGAAAGUAACUUCUCCACAGGGAAAAACCCAAAACCUGGGUUACCUUAAAACAAAAACCUGUUGGAGUUCAGUGUGGUGUAAAAAUUUAAGGAAGCGUUGAUAAAUUGUCUAAGUUUAUCCAUUUGAAAGAAAUUAUGUAAGAGUAUGAUUUUUCACUUUUCUGGGAGGAGAAAGGGCAAUAAAAUGCAAAUGCUCCUUAGUA